CACUGGCUCCCUCCUAUUUCUUGCACAACUACUCCUGAAACCAAAAGUCAUCCAUUACCUUCUGGUCAGAAGAAAGGCCAAAUAACUCUAGUGAUUUAGAGAUAGCUGGCAAGAAAGGGGCCGGGAACAAAGGCCGGCGGCUGCUACCGUUAAUUUCCUUUUCCGUUUAUCGCCGCUCAUCCAUCGAUCACAGCAGCUCAGAUGUGAAGAAGAAGGAGAAGAUUGCCUUUGGAUUGGUAGGACGUUUCAGUCCAUUAAUCUGAAGAUGGGUCAGUUAUAUGUGAAGUGGUCAAGAAGCAAGUUCAGCGAUUAGUUUGUUCAAGGAAGCAUCUGAAUGGCUUAUCCGUCCACCUCCGGCAUGAUCCAAGCUUCUUCCUCCCUCCAUGGCGGCAUCAUUGCAGGAGAAGGGACCCCGAAGGAUAUGACAUGCCAUCUGAUCUGGAUCAAGCCCUACUCCUCUACUUCGAUGGCCAGCAACCUAAGCCAUCAGCUCAAGAACAACAACCGCGACUUGUUCAUGUGUGCAGAGACUCUCAACAUCUUCCCUUCCCAGCCAAUGCAUGUAGAGCCAUCACCAAAGGGUUCCAUGACUUCAUCAGCGGUGGCACCUCAGGUCGCCGGCCCUUCCAAGAAAUCGCCAGCACCAUCGUCGAAGCCGGGAGUGGGGCCGCUCGGCGUAGGCAAGAGCUCCAAGGCAGCAAUAAUCAAGAGAGAAGGUAGCGCCGCAGGCAAGCGCGGCGGCGCCGCGGCGUCGAGCUCGGAGCAGGAGGAGGGGCCCCGGACGCCGGACCCCAAGACGCUGCGGAGGCUCGCGCAGAAUAGGGAGGCCGCGAGGAAGAGCAGGCUGAGGAAGAAGGCUUAUAUUCAGCAGCUAGAGUCAGGCAGGAUCAGGCUGGCACAACUAGAACAGGAGAUACAGGUGGCAAGAACUCAGGGUGCAGUGUGGGGUACAGGAACUUUGAGCCCAGAUGCCGCGUUGUUCAACUUGGAGUACGAUCGGUGGCUGGGGGAGCACAGCAAGGUGGUCGCCCGGCUCCGGGCCGCCGCGGAGGAGCACCACCGGCCGGACGGCGAGUUGCGGGCGUACGUAGACGAUGCUGCCGCCCACUACGUCGCGCUGAUGGGUCACAAGUCUCGGCUCGCCGGCGCCGACCCGCUCCACCUCCUCUCCGGCCUCUGGAAGGGCGCCGCCGAGCGUUGCUUCCUCUGGAUCGGCGGCUUCCGCCCCUCCGAGCUCAUCAAGGUUGUUCUCCGGCACGUGGAGCCGCUGACGGAGCAGCAGGCGGCGGGCGCGCGCGACGUCCAGCAGUCGGCGAGGCGCGCGGAGGAUGCGCUCGACGGCGAGCUGGAAGCGCUGCUCCGGUCGCUCUCCGAGGUCAUCUCCGACGCGCAGCCGCCGGGGAUGUCGUACGGCCAGUACUACCAACAGGCGGACGUCGCCGGCUACAUGGGGCACAUGCACAUGGCCCUCGCCAUGGACAAGCUGGCCUCCCUCGGGACCUUCCUCGGACAGGCGGACGAGCUGAGGAUGCAGGCGCUGCACGCGCUCCGGCAGAUGCUGACGGCGAGGCAGGCGGCGCGCUGCUUUGUCGCCGUCGACGACUACUUCUGCCGCCUCCGCGCACUCAGCACGCUCUGGAACACCACCCGGACGGCUCAUCUGCCAAGAGGCACGGCCGGCUAGGAAUCGAUGGCACUGCCAUACUAGUAGCUAGCUUAGCUACGAUGUAGAAAACGAUAAAUUAAGCACCAUGUGCAAAUGUAUUAAGGAUCGAUCACAAUUCACAAGCUUGUACGUAGCUGUGUAGGAGACAGACCAAGAAAAAUGGAAUUGAAGAACAAGAGAAAAACGUGUUGCAUUA